AUUUUCGGCUCUAAAAAUUUCCAAAAUGGAAAAUAUAAGGGUGGUCAAGAAGUAAUUCUCGAAACAGUUCUUGAAUUCUUCGGAGUUUUAGGAGAAAAAAAUAUCAUUGAGGAAGAAACUAAUAAAGUCAUUGAAGAUAAAUUUGGUGAAACUAUUAACCUAGUUGAAAAAUCUUUCGAAAAUAAAGGUCGAUUAUUAAGAAAACUCCGUGAUAUUUUAGGAGAAAAAGAGUUUUUUCCCGAAGAGCCAGGUGAUGGAAUUCCACCAGGUCGAGAAGGAAUGAGGCGAGACCCUGAAGCAAUCGCUAUGCAAAAUGCUGAUAAGCAAGCGAGAAUUGAUGCGAUUGCCAAUAAUGUAAAAACUGCGGAAGGAAUUUACAAAGAUGCUAUUCUAAAAGCGGCUGAAAUCGUUGGCGAAGAUAAACCUUUAAAUGAUUUAGAAAAAAACCGGAUCAAUAAAGCUACUACUCCGGAAAAAAUCCAAGCAGUUUUAGCUGACAUUCCUAAAAAAAGAAGAGAAAAGGA